CAGUGGGCAUGUUUGGCCGUUGGUACAAGCCCUACUAUCCGGACCCCAGCGACAGACCCGGCCCCGGCAACUACACUUCGUUCCAGGAGUGCGACUCUAUUCCUGCAUACCAGAUGGGCAGCGUGACAGAGGUGUGCAAAAAUGAGACCUUCUUCCGCUACUUCGAAGCACGUUCGCAGGCUGCUGUUUAUUACAACAAGACGCUUCAAAGAAUGUUCUUCCACGACAACGGGGAUUCCUAUCGCUACAAGCUUUGCUACCUAAAGCAGACCCUGACGAAUAUCAAGUACGGCUUAGCGGCUUACGACCUCGAGUUUGCUGAUGGAGAGAACACCUGUGGCCUGGGAAGCUACCACGAACUUCGAGUACUGCGAGAGUUGCUCUCAUUCUUCAACGAAAGCUACUCUAGCCCCCGCGACUUCGAGAACUGCUGGCAUGGCGUGAACGAGUCGCUUGUAGGCCAACAAGCGCGUAAGGAGAUACCCCUGCACAAGGCGAAGAGGAGAGCCUUAGUAGGACCACGUAAGAGCAUAUUUUUAUCGUUCUCAUUGACCACCUAGGCACUUCGUGAACUUAAUUUGCUUGCAUCGACACCCCAGUACAGAUUCGAGCGAAUUAAAGCCCUAUCUGCAACAAUUAGGUGAUUUAGUAAAGCUGAACCGCAUGCUAGCUUUGGCCAAAGCAUGUGAAGCCAAGUUUCAUUGUUGCACGAAGGUACGCGUCUUGUAGAUUACAAAACAAGGCUACGACGUUUUUUUCUUUUUUUUAAGCAAAGCUUUCCUUGGCCUCUUCCUUCGACUUUCCCACUGCUGCUGCUGCUGCUGUGGCUGCUGUCGUGCACACCGCCUCGGGGGGUGGUUCAGAGAGGAAAGGCGACAGAAGAAACUCGUUUUCACCCCACCGCGUCGAAUGUGCACAAUGCCCUCUGAA